GCACUUCCUCCCCAGCGGCUAUGGCAGCGACCGCCAGGCUGAAUCUUCUCCUGCGGCACCUACACCCCGACCUUAAAGCCUCUCCCACAUUGGCAGAAGUAACUUCGCAUUCUUCUACUGGAAAGCUCUGAUGCUGCCUGACCCACUGAGUUCCGCCAGCGUCUUGUGUUGCUCCAUUUGUAAGCGUGAUGGUAUUAAACCUCGGGGAACUGGAGUUCGGAGUUCGAAGUUCAGUUCCGGCACUGCCUGUGAGGAACUUGUGUGUUCUCCCCGUGAACCGCGUGGGUUCCCUUCAGGUAGUCGGUGCCCUCCCACAGUCCAAAGACAUACUGCUGCACUUUGGAAAACCCUUAUCUCAUCCCCGAACAGAGGCAGUUUUAUGAGGAAAAUGGAUUCCUUCUUGUUAAGAAGUUGGUUUCUGACGAAAACCUGGAAAUGUUUCGAGAGGAGUUUGAAAGGAUCUGUCAGAAGGAAGUAGUGGUCCCUGGAUUAACAGUGAUGAGAGAUGUAGCCAUUUCAAAAUCUGAGUACGUUCCAGAUCACCAGGCUGUUUCCAAGAUCCAAGAUUUCCAAAACAAUGAAAUUCUUUUUAGGUACUGCUGCCUACCAGAGAUCUUGAGAUAUGUGGAGUGCUUCACUGGUCCCAACAUCAUGGCAAUGCACACUAUGCUGAUCAACAAGCCUCCUGACUCAGGAAAGAAGACCUCACGCCAUCCGUUGCACCAGGAUCUGCAUUACUUCCCCUUUCGGCCUGCGGACCAGAUCGUGUGUGCCUGGACUGCCAUGGAGAAGGUGGACCGCAGCAACGGCUGCCUCGUCGUUCUGCCGGGGACGCACAAGGGCAGCCUGAAGAAACACGUUUACCCCGAAUGGCCAGGUGGUGUCAAUAAGAUGUAUCAUGGCAUCCAUGAUUACGACCCCAGCCAUCCCCGGAUUCACUUGGAAAUGGAGAAGGGUGACACGGUGUUCUUUCAUCCUCUGCUCAUCCACGGAUCGGGAACCAAUCAGACUCGUGGCUUCCGAAAGGCAAUUUCCUGCCACUUUGCCAGUGCGGAUUGCAAUUACAUUGAUGUAAAGGGUACCAGCCAGGAAAAUAUCGAGGAAGAGGUUCUUGAAAUAGGAAAGAAGAAGUACGACAUUGACAAAGAUGUGUCUUUGGCGGACAUCUGGUGUUUCAAAUCUCGUCUCGUACAAGGAGAGAGAACCAAUUUGUGAAAUCGUCCUGACCUGAGUGACCACUAGAGGACGCUGUGCUUGUGCUCCACGCCCCGUGAUGGUUUAAUUACUUUUCUGCUGCAAAUGAUCAUGUUCAAUCCACUUUUAGUAUACUCUGCAUGUUUAAGAAACGUCUUCAAGAGUUAAUGCCUAUAAUUGUAGAGUAACACACACAAAAUGCUGGAGGAACUCAGCAGGUCAGACAGCAUCUGUGGAAAUGAAUAAAUACUCGACAUUUCAAGCUGAGACCCUUCUUGAGGAUAAAGUCUUGGCCCAUUCCUUUCCAUAGAUGCUGUCUGUCCGUAAGCAUUUUGUGUGUAUUACUCCAGAUUUACAGUAUUUUCAGGAUGCUGUGUCAAUAUUUGUAGCAUCAGUUACAAUCCAGCGGUACAGUAUAACUCCAGUAAUCCAGCAGGGUUGGGACAAUGGUGACAGACUGACCAUUUUCUCAACUAUCUGAUGUCAUUAACACCCCAGCAUACUUUCAGUUCAUCUUUAAGAUUUGCAUUGAAUUAUAAAUAUUCGCGAGUGGAGGCCCGAUGUCUGUGAACCAGCCGUUCGUGCUGGGGUCAGUAGAUUGGCAUUCUGUCCUGAGGUUGGAGGCCUGACUCUCUGUGUGUGAGUGGAUGGUGUAAGGAUGGGAGAAAGGAAAGAAGCUUUUUUUUUCCUGUCAUUGAUUAAAGAUUAGCUUUUAUUUGUCACUUGUACAUCGAAACAGUGAAAUGGGCUGUUUGUGCCAAAUCAGAUCAGCGAGGUUUGUGCCUGGAGGUGUCACCAUGAUUGUGACGCCAACAUAGCAUGCCCACAGCCUAAUCUGCCUGUCUUUGGAAUGUGGGAAGGAACCCACACAGUCGCAGGGAGAACGUACAGACAGCGGUGUGAAUUUGACACCAAUUAGUGAUUGUUGUAAAGUGAUUCCACUAAGCACGACACUACGCUCCCUUUGUUUCACUGCCGUCACUGUGUGUCUUGUUCUGUUGAACGUUGUGGGCAGGCUGUGUUGGCACCGGAACACAGCACGUCCUCAGGUUGUGUUUGUUAUUAGCGCAAAGGAUGCAUUUCGAUGUACGCACGAUAAAUGAGUCUGAAGUUUCCAGCAAACUGAAUUUAAAGGGAGCACAGCCAAUGUGGUCCUGUGUUGAAACGAGUGCAGGAACCAGGGCCCCAGUAACCAUUUGCUGAACCAGCCGUAUUCGAUCCACGGUCACAUAGCGGAUUAUCGGAGUUCGACUGCACUUGGUUGGACGUUCUUUAAGUUGGCUUUAGUGCAGCCGAUUGCACAGUACCACCAAUUUUAAUUGCACUUGUGUCGAUAGAUUUUAAUCCUUAAUUAUAUUGUGCUUUACAUUUUCCGUUCCAUAUUAAUUUAAUAGUGUUCAGUUUAGAAUUGCUUGAAAUGGUUCUUGCAGUCUUCUGCUGAAUGAUCAUAUAUAAAUGCCUUUGAAUCAACGACAUUGGUCAGUUUGUUUGUCAGCCCUGCUCUCGUGUCUUCACCGCAGUCUGUGGACCUGUGACGUAUUGGUCAGGUUGACCACACAGUCACCUCGUCCAACUUGAUCACGGUAGGACCGCUCACCCUCUCCAUGAUGACCUCAGCUCGGAAUAGAAAGGUUACAUCUUCACAUCAUACCGUACAGGCUAGAAUACAGUCUUGGCCGAUGCUCCCAUUGAGUGCUUGAGGCUGUCCGUAAGCUGUGAUUUCAGGCUGUUCUCAGCUUCCAUCCUUAAUAAUCGAUGCCACCUUCCUUAGCAAAAACACACCUGUGGUCUUCUCCCUACUCCCCCAACACUUAAUUAUCAAACAUCUGCCAGCUGCAACCUUAUGCUUUCUGAUUCCGAUUCAGUUACUUAUCGCAGGUGCAGUACGUCGAAACAGUGAAAUGAGGCAUUUGUGUUAACAACCAAACAUAACCUAAGGAUGUGCUGGGGGCAGCUCACAAAGUGUCGCCACAUGUCAGAUCCAGAAUGCAAAAUGUUCAGUACGACAGAACGGCAAUGGAAACAUCCCCCUUUCAUCCCUCCCUCCCACCCACUCACACAGACAGGCCUCCAACCCUAGGACAGGCUGCCUCCAGUAGACUCUCAAACUCACAGACAUCAGGCCUCUGACUUGCCCCCUGGGCUCUCAGAUUCACGGCUUCUGCCAUUGUGUCUUAUGGACUUCGGGCAACUUUUGGCUUCAACCUUUGGCAUCAACUUGCUGAUGGUGGGACUCCGAACUCCCGGCCUCAGGCUCCAGACAGUGGAGGUUUAAUAUCCAGCCAGUCUGCCGGACUCUGCUGUCGUCAUUUUGUGCAACAUUUUGUUCUCUGAGGUGGGACAUGAAGAAACCAAGACUAUUUUGAGGAAGAAUUUGGAAUGAGCUGCCAGAAUUGGUGGUUGAGCUGGGCACAUCAGGAACAUUUAAAAUCCAUCAGGAUAAGUACAUGGACAGGAGAGGUUUAGACGGUUAUGGGCUGAAAACAGGCAGGUGGGACUAGCUCGCUGGACAACAUGGAUGAGCCGAAGGGCUUGUUUUCCUGAUGUAUGACCUUCAAAAGCAGGGAAAUCACUUCUGGAACCUUGUUCUGUCAGCAGUUCAGCACUGGAACAAAAUGCUGCCAUUCAGCCUCAUUAGUCAGUUCUGUGCCUUGAAAUGCCCAGGCCUUUGAAUAUACAGUCGUUGCGGUUUCUGCCCCAAAUCUCAUGUCAGUCAAAGUUAUAGUAACUCAUGUUUCUUCACCCCAGCCCUGAUCUUUCCUCACAGUACUGUUAUCUUUAUUUCACUCAUUUCAUCCUUCUCCUGGUUCUACACACACACACACACACACACACACACACACACACACACACACACACACACACACACACACACACACACACACACACACACACACACAGAUAUGCCACCUUCCUCUUCUCCCACCCCUUCGGGGUCUAGUCACCUGCCAUGCCCCUUUACCCUAAUGGUGCCCAUUCCGACUUCCUUUGUUCAUCAGAGUGAGGCACGGGUAGCCCUUUGUGUUCCUGCUCAUCUCCCUCCAGCAGCUGACUCCAACCUUCACCUCCCCACCCCCACCACAUGCACUUCAACUGCCUCUCAAAGUAUUUUUU